AUGGAGGGUCCUUAUGAGUCGUCAGUAACGAUGGAAGAACAGGAUACAAUGCCGUUUUCUGUGGUUGAAGGAAAGCAUGGCACUGAUCACCGCAAAUUUGAGAACGUGCUAGAGCGGUUCUCAUUGAGUCAAGCCUUCGCUGCAUCAGUCAAAGUAGGAGUUUGGGAGACGUUGCUCAAUGAUCUCGCAGAGCCGUUAUCGAAUACGACGAAGGCUCUGAAAUCAGCACAUUCUAUCAAUUUGGACUGCACUUUGCUCAAUCGUGACUUUUACUGGGAUCGCUCACAAGUGGAGCAGUAUUAUCUAAUUGGUUUAAAUAAUCGCUUGGAUUAUUGCGAAGAGUUGGUGAAAAUGGUGGACAAUAUGCUUGCUCUGCGACAUGCCUCGACACUGGAGUGGAUGAUUAUCGUCCUUAUCGUGAUCGAAGUGAUCUUUGAUCUUCUCCACUUCGCCGAUUCUUCUCCCACAAGGUUAAUAGUGUUCACAGCCAAUCGAACCAACAAGCUGGCUGAUUCCCUGGUUCUGAGCUAUGAACUCAGAGCUUACGCAUGUUCCACUUAG